AUGUCCCUGUUCACCAUCUCUCUGGGCAUUUCCAAGAUAUCUCCUAACACAUUUGGGAAAAUCACCUACCUGGAGAGGCGCUGCUCCUCGGGGGGUCCCAGGUGCUCGACUCUGGCCAUGUUGGCGCUGCUCUGUGUCUAUCUGCUCCUGGUGGCCUGUGACUCGGCCGCUUCGGCCGACCAGCUCCUGCAUCAGAUGUACUCCUUCAUGGAGGAGCAGAUCCGCGACAUGCACACCAAGGUGACGGAGAUCUGGCAGGAGACGGUGAUGCAGCGGCGGGCGACGGCCAUCGACCCAGACGCCGCGCUCCAUGCCGUCUGCCGGGUGCAGCCGUCGGCCACGCUGGAGGCGGAGCAGCCCCGGGUCAGCGGCCUCGUGCUCUUCCGGCAGAUCCGGCCUGGCACCCUGCUGGAGGCCUUCUUCCACCUUGAGGGCUUCCAGGACGAGCCCAAUGGCACAAACCACGCCAUCCACGUGCACCAGUUUGGGGACCUGAGCCAGGGCUGCGACUCCACCGGGCCUCACUACAACCCGAUGUCCAUGCCACACCCGCAGCACCCGGGCGACUUUGGCAACUUCGCCGUGCGCAGUGGCCAGGUCUGGAAGCACCGCUACGACCUGGCUGCCUCGCUCACCGGCCCGCACUCGAUCGCGGGCCGCGCCGUGGUGGUCCACGCGGGCGAGGACGACCUGGGCCGCGGCGGCGAUCAGGCCAGUCUGGAGAACGGCAACGCGGGCCGCCGGCUUGCCUGCUGCGUGGUGGGCCUGUGCGGCCCGGGGCCCUGGGCGCGCAAGGCGCAGGAGCACGCGGAGCGCAGGAAGCGGCGGCUCGAGAGCGAGUGUAAGGCCGGAGCGGCGGCGCGAGAGCGAGGGUAA